AUGGCUGGCAAUAUAUAUAGAUAGGCUCCUGCUUGCAGAGGCCUCCUCGUAAUGCAUUGAGCUCUGCUGGUGUGCAUACUGCUGUCAUGGCGCCUCCAGUAGAGUUUCCUCAGAAGAAGAGGAAAAGAUCGGAACCUCCAACGGGGGUUCCAGCUAAGGUGACUUUAGGAAGGAGUAGCUUCCCUCCUGGUUUUGCCUUCGGUGCUGCGUCUUCUGCUUACCAGGUGGAAGGAGCGUGGAAUGAAGGAGGGAAAGGGCCAAGUAUAUGGGACACCUUCACCCAUAACAACAAAGAUAAAAUUCAAGACAAAAGCACCGGAGACAUUGCUACUGACUCAUACCACAGAUUCAAAGAAGAUGUUAAAAUAAUGAAGGAUAUAGGUAUGGAUUCAUACCGAUUCUCCAUUUCUUGGUCAAGGAUAUUGCCAAAGGGCACAUUAAAAGAUGGAGUAAACCCAGAAGGAAUCAAAUACUACAAUGAUCUCAUCAACGAGUUAAUAAAAUAUGGAAUAAAGCCCUUUGUCACCCUAUUUCAUUGGGAUGUACCACAAGCAUUAGAGGAUGCAUAUGGAGGCUUCUUGAGCAGUCAGAUUGUGAACGACUUCAAGGAUUUUUCAAACAUAUGCUUUGAAGAAUUUGGAGACCGAGUUAAAUACUGGAUCACUUUAAAUGAGCCAUGGAGUUUUAGUACUAUGGGAUAUUCUUUUGGAAAGCAUGCACCUGGGAGGAGCUCUAAAUUAUUCGGAUCUCCGGAGGGUGACUCAAUGAAGGAACCAUAUAUUGUUGCUCAUAACCUUAUUCUUUCUCAUGCAGCAGCUGCUAGGCUCUACAAAAACCAAUUUCAAGCUAAACAACAAGGUGAAGUCGGAAUUACCCUUUUAAGUAUGUGGUUUGAGCCAUAUUCAAAAUCGUAUCAAGACAAAGAGGCUGCAAAUAGAGCCAUUGAGUUCAUGCUUGGAUGGUUCAUGGAUCCAUUAGUCUAUGGAGAUUAUCCAUUCAACAUGAGAGCAUUGGUUAGGGAGAGGCUUCCUUUCUUUUCAAGUGAGCAGUCAGAGAUGAUUAAAGAGUCCUAUGAUUUUAUUGGAAUUAACUAUUAUACUUCUACAUAUGCACAAAGUGUUCCAAUCUCACAGAACUAUUCGCCUAAUAGUGACUCAUAUGCCAAGCAACUUGGUAUCCUUAGUGACUCAUAUGCCAACCAAUAUGGUAUGUCAAUUGAUUGA